AUGAUCCGAAUGGACGGACUGAAGGCGGUGGAAAAGAUCGAAGAGAAAGAAGAAGUUCCGAUGACGCCCAAAGAGGAGUUCAUGGAGAAAUACAAAGAUAUUGAGAUGACUCCGGGUCCGUUUUUUUAUUUCUUUAUAUAGAUAACUUUUCGGACAAACUCAAGAAUUUUCAACUGAGUUUUCUUUUAUUUUUUUUGAAUUCAGGAUCCAAAAAAUUUUGGAACAUUCAAAAAAACGUUUUAUACCAUAUACGGUCCUUUCGUUGUUAUAUGUGAGCAAAGUAGUUAAUUUCUGGAAUUAUUUGUGGUUUCACUAGGAGCUUCUAUGAACUUUCAUCACUAACUUUGAAAAAAAAAACCCUGUAACGUGGAUGAAUUUUGGAAAAGUUAAUCUCGGAGUUUUCUAGCAAUAAUCGAAGGCCGGUGCACGGCAAAAGCGACUUCAGCUAUGGAUAGGAUGUUGAGGCGAGAAUCUUUGACGGCUAAACUUUCCGAAGCGAUCGAAAAAAAGAGCGUUGAAGUUGAUGUAAGUUAUGUCUCGAUAAAAAUUCGAACAUUGAACGUCAGCAACCUUAAAAUUCCCAAAAGCGUGAAUGGUAUAAUUGUAUUAUACAAGCUCCGUAGAGAUUCGUAUUUUUUGAGAAAGUCUUCUUGAUUUUUUUUUUGGGAGAUUUAACAAAAAGGCUAUGUGCGUCGCGGUCGCGAUGUGACUCAUUCAAGUUGAAGUUUUGAAUUUAUUUUUUAUCUCAGACGCCCGUAGCUGUUCCGAGAGUCGAAGUCACCAUUAAGACGACGGAGAAAAAUCCAGAAAAGCCUUCUGAAGAAGCGCUGCCAGAAUCUAUUCAAAAAGCACCUUUUGAAGCUUCUGAAGUUGCUUCCACGUCUUCUGAAGCAAUUUCUCGCGUCGUUUCUUCCAUAAAAAUCAACGGAAUUCCCGUCAGCCAAAGUUCAUCCGAACCAACUUCUCCCUCAAAUGCCCCAGUGAAAAUUUCAAUCAAAAGAAGGGAUAGUUCGUUAGAGCGCAAAAACAGCUCGACUUCGAAGAAAAAAGUGAAACCCGAGCUCACCAUCGAUGUCAACGCGAUCAAUGAGAGAAUGAAGCUCGAGGAGUUGGAGGUUUUUGAAGAAAAUGGGAAGAAAAUUGACUUUCCUUUUCUUUUUAGGCUUCGGAAGGCUCUUCGAUGAUGACUCAGAGCGCGAUUGGUGCGUUCUUAUUUUUGAACAUUCAAAUUUGAGAAAUAAAAAUAUGCAGAGAAUGAAAGAAUUGUCUUCUGAAAGUUUUUUAGGCUUUUGGAAAGGUUGGAAUUGAAAUGUUUAAUUUUGAAUUUCAACCUUUCUAAUUUCAAAUUUUGCCUUUGAAGCGAUGCGCCAAACUUCAUAGCCUCUCAAAUUAGCUUUGGAGCGCGAAAAGUGCAGCCACUUAGACUCAAUAGUUCAGCCAUAAACUCGGGAAGCCAAAGUGAUAAAAAAUUGAACGAUCGAGUUGUAGAGAGAAGGUCAGCUGAGCCGCCGACGGCACAGCUCGGCUUUGACGAUGAUCGGAAAGAGCGUGCCAAGUCGGAGGCGGCAGACGACGACAUCAAAGGUUUUCUUCUUUUUUUUUGUUGUUGGAUACUUUUUCUUCGGCCACACACGCACAUGUGUGAUGUGUUCGUGGGUCCUGGAACCUUGUACUAUUAUUUUUACGUUCCUCGCUUUUCGGUUCAUUCGAGCAACUUCUAGGAACUUUAGAGAGUUUUAAAUUGAAGAUCUAAACAAAGUUUUAGCUUUCAUCUUCGUUUAAAAUGUGCAAUUAUGAAUCCUAGUUUGAUUUAGUUGAUUUAUACAAAAAUUAGUGAAAAUUGUAGGGUAAAGUCUGAGCAAAGCACCCAAGGGACCAUUGCUAUGAGUUUAUUGAGACUCUAAAUUCGGACUCUGUUUAAUUUGAAGCAAAAAAUUAUAAGGAUCUUCUACCUAUUAAACGUUAUGAAAGGGCUACUAGAUUAUCAAGGAAGAGCAUUACGAAGAUAUCAUGAGUUGUAGGCUUGAGAUUUAUUUCGAAUUUUUAUAGAUUAUUCAAAGCCCUUUUUUUCUUUUCUUCGUGCUUCUUCUUCAUUUUUUACCUAUGAAAGGUUCUUGAGGUCGGCGGAAGCGACGCGACCCGACACGCACCCUCGAAAACCUGAAGACGUCACUGACUUUGGCCAAGAAGAUGGAAUCUCCUGCAACUGAGCCAGUGAUGCCUUCUGAUGCAUCUGAGAAAAGCAAAGCUAAUGUUGGUAACUUGUCAAACCAGAAGUACAGAUGCUUUGAAUACCGUAACCUUUUGAAAAUCGCUCAUAGAAGCUUAUUAGAAGCUCAUCAUUAUCUUGCUCGGUAGAAGGCUGCGAUCAACAUUUCGGAUUUCACGCAUGCCGCAAUCAUUUUGGAGUCACUGGAACUUGUUUCAGCCUUUUAGAAAUUCCAGAAAGCUUUUAGAUUGAUUAAAAUAGGAAAUAUUCAAAAACAGGGCGCUCUAACCGAUAAUGCACGCUUUAAGAAUGCCCUUAUCAAUUUUUAACGAAUUUCGACUCGUUUCAGGCUCUAAAAGCCUGUCGAAACGCUUGUAGACUGGCUCAAAUGAGCAAUGAAUAAACAGUCGGUGCAACGAAGAACACUUACCACUAUACGUAGGCAUCCAGCAUAUCGUUUUUUUUUUUUGAACAUUUUCAACUGCAAAAUCGAAAAGUUUCGGAUCUUGAGAGGCUUCGGAAAACCGUUUAUAUGAGCACUAUUGAGUAUAAUUACUCCUGUAUAAUUACUCUGCUGGGGUCUUUCAGCGUACCGUACCCCAAUAAAUUAUUUCCAGACUCUCCGCCCACUCAUCGUCCCGCUUCUCCUGGUCACAGAACCUUCCAACCCGAAUACUCCUCUCUGUACGACUCCUGACGCGGCUUCUGUCAGUAUUUGCCUUUGGAACGGACAUCUCAAGAAUGAAGAAGAAGGGGAAGAUGAAGACGUCGACGAGGAAGAAGAAGAAUAUUCGAGCGGAGAAUGGACCGAGGCCGAAGAUGAGGACGAGGAAGAAUGUAUGAAGACGUCUUCAUUUUCAUUCUGAAGUUGAUAAUAUUCAGAUGCGUCGGACUGUGAAUUUUCUGUGUCGCAAACAUUCAGCUUGAAGGAUCAUAUGCCGCUUGGUAGUUUUGAAGCUUUUCUCAUUGUGAAAGGGAAAAUUCAGGAGAUCUUUUCCCGAUCGUUCCGUCGUCUUCGACGAGCUCGGCGAGAGUUUCUGAUUUUGGCGGCGAGACUUUCCUCACGGAAGAAAUGUGAUUUUUAUUUCUUUUUUCAACCUGUCUAUCAGAGCAGAAAGUAGUUUUUCGCGAAAAAGUCACUUUAGCCGCCGCGGUCAUUUUAGUGCAGCUGACUAGAAAUUACUUGCGCGCGACAGCAUCUUGUAGCAUUCGGAGAAUAUUGCUCAGAGUCGGGAGCAGCUUUAGGCAAAGCACCAAAAGACGCGACGCACUUUGUGAUCAAGAUUUUUCAUUCUAAAUGUCGCAAAGUUCUGUCGAUAUCACAGUAUCCACGGAAAAAAAAUGAAGCUACUACUCUGAGAAAAAGAGCUUUUAGAUAUUUCUCUGUAAAUUAAAAAAAAAAAUCAUGAGAAACGGUUUGGGAAUAUAUGAUCCUUAUGUACUCUAGAUUAACCGGAAAAUGAUUCAUUCAAGGAAAGAAGAAAGUCGUGGAAGAGUGGAUAGUUUGUUCGCGAACCCACCGCCGACGUUCACCUGCAGCGUCUCCUACGAUGGUCAGACUUCCUGGGGCUCUGAUGAGGUGCACAGCAUCGAGGACGACGAAGAUGAGGAGGAGUACGAAGACGUCGACGAUUACAAAGGUGCCAAAAUGACAGAAAAAAAAAAGCAGAAAGAUCAACGACAGCUUGAAGAAGCUGUUGCCGUCUGGUCUCUCUGGUAACUGGAUCUCUCAUCCGUUUUUCACAACCGAUCUAGUAGUUUUUUUUAAAACUUUUUGAAAUUAAAUGAAAAGAGAAAAUGUCAAGUAUUCAUUGAUUUUUGCAAUUUUGUUGAUUCUUUUUUGUUGCAGUUUUGCCUAUCGCCAGACCUGGUUCUUCUUCUCUUGGCGCUUACCAGAGUCCGACUUGUUUGACCAGUGAUGAGGUGGUUAUCGAACUAUUUUUCAAGCUAGCUGCAAAGAAAAAGUUGAGAGCUGUUGAAAACAUAAAAAUUUAAUACAGGAAUACGACGGCCAGACGUAUCGGGACAAUGUGGAAGUCGGUUUCACGAUGAAGCUGGUCGAUAAGGCCGCCUUCCGGGAUAGUGACGAAGAAGACGAGGAAUUCAUAUUCUUCCGAGCUUCAGAGUCCUUCCGAAAAGCUUUCUUUCUAUGCACGCGGCCAGUCAUGCGAGUUCAAAAUAACUCAAGUUUUAGGCCAAGUUAAAGGCGCAUGCAGAGAGACAGGCCGCGCGCUUCGAAUGGAAGGGUUCUGCAGCUCGAAGGAUGAUAAAAAGUAUAAGAAGCUGGCUUAUAACGGGCUGAAUCCUUUCAAGUUUUUGCAAAUUAUUUGCACUGAGCUCCUCUUUUUUUUAUAUUCUUGAUACAAAAUUCAAAGUAAUCGGAGGACUAGCUUCAAAGUUUAUCGAAAACGUAAAUUUCUACUCUCUUGGACAAUCUGAAAGUUUUUAAAGUAGAAAUUGGGUUUUUCUCUAAAAUCAAUUUUUUAAAAUCCUCUCUUUCUUUUUUCUAUACGCUAGAACUUUUUCUUGUCCCAAUUUUUUUAAAGUCCUACAUACAUAGGCAAACCUUUCCAAAAGGCUGCGAUCAUCUACUCCUGAGCCUUCCUAGUUUGAAGUCAGUUUUUUUCUCUGAGGUUCAAAUUUGAUAUUAUUUCUUAUUUUACAAAUCUCUUGUACUUCGAACCUCUGUAACGUGAAACGGACGUGUCGUGGAAUUUUCUGAGAAUUUUAAGUAUUUGCUUGAGAGUGCUGACGCCGCUGAAGGCACCACUAGAAAUGCUCAGGUUCUUGUUCUAGAGGUCCAAGAUGUCACACCUUUCUGCCGCAUACACACUCGUGCACAUACGGAGCUCAAGCUCGUUUUUUUUAGUACUCUGACGAAGAAUACUGGGAAGACGAGGAAGAAGAGGAAGAAGAGUACGAGGAUGAAGACGUAUAUGAGGAGUACGAAGAGGAGUACGACGAAGAAGUUGACGAGGAAGUUGAGGAGUUUGACGACGACAGUCAGUUGGUCACUGUCAUGGAAAAAGUUGAUCUCAUUGCUAUUGUAUGAAAAAAAAAAGAUGAUUUUUAGUCACCCUCACCUGUAAGCUUCUCAAUCAGCCACAGUAUUGCUACAGAGGUCGCCGAAUCCGAUUCUGAUGUUGGAUUUUGAACGAAAAACCAAACAUUCAUAUUUUGAUUUUUAGGACGACGCCAUGCACUCAUGUAUGUCACAGCUUGAAGAUCUACCCGUCAGAGUUUGAAAAGAAAAAGUAAUUUCAGGAGAAAAUUCGAAAAUUAAGGUCCAUAAAACGUUGAUUCCGCACAUGCUGGACCCCGUAGAAGAGCACGUCGAAGAGGCGAUGGUUGGCGAGUUGCCAGACGAGGAGUUAUUGGCCCUGGACGUCAUGGAUGUCGAGAAUGACAUGGUAGAGUGGCUAGAAGGCUUGGUGAUGAGAAGAUGGUUACGCGUUCGGAUCCGGGAUACAGUUUUGCUGGAAAAAAGCGACAAGAUUUAGUUUUAUAAGUUAAGAAUCUGGGGGUUUUUUUGUCUUGCUUUGAAAUUCUCUACAGCAUCCCUGAGCCUCUAGUUUUUUCUAGCACCCAUUUGUUAACAUCAACUUAUUCUUUAAAAUUUAUAAUGUUUAUAUUGUAUUCUUGCACCAUUUGGUUCAAAUUCAGGGAACCAAAAGUUUUUAA